AUGGCUUCUCGUGCAACAGAAGAGGCGCACGCGUCUAGCUUUCUCGAAGAAAACCUUGGGUUCGCCACGCCUGAUCGACGGCCGCAUGUCACAUUGACGUUUGCACAAUCCUCAGAUGGCAAGAUUGCCGGACCGGGCAAGACGCAACUGGCACUCAGUGGGCCGGAGAGUAUGCGUCUGACGCAUCAGCUUCGAACGAUGCAUGACGGUAUCAUGGUCGGCAUUGGUACAGUGCUCAAUGACAAUCCUCAGCUCAACGCGCGGCUGCUGUAUGCACCACCUCCUGUGUCGCGACUGCCGAGACCAGUCGUACUAGAUUCCAAGCUGCGGAUGCCGGUGGAUUGCAAGCUGAUCCGCAACUACGCUGCUGGUAUCGGGCGUCAACCUUUGGUGUUGACGUUGGACUCUGCUCAUCCAGACAGACGAACGCAGCUCGAGUUGGCCGGUGUCGAUGUGAUCCAGGUUCAUGACAGCUCGGCAGCUCUACUUGACUGGACGACGAUUCUCCAGCACCUUUAUGACGCGGGCAUCCGCCGGCUCAUGGUAGAAGGCGGUGCUGGCGUAAUCGAUAGCCUCAUGCAGCAAUCGCAGCAUAUCGACGCUUUGCUGGUCACAAUUGCGCCGCUCACGGUUGGUUCGGAGGGGUUCAGCUUCACAUCCAAGCUACCGAGCAUCUCUGAAGCACAUCCUGAUGCAGAGUGGUCCCUUCCGAGCCGCGCCUGGUUUGGCAAAGACGAAGUCAUUGUGUGGCAUAAGCGCUGA